AUUUCAUUCAGUCGGUCUCGCGAAUCGCGGCUCCUCUUAUUUUUCGAUAUACAUACAUAAUUGACUUGAAAUUUAGCCGCGUUUCGUUUGAUCUUGUGCAAAAUGUCACUCUUUGUCACCUCCACUGCCUGCGUGGCUCUACUUCAGCUCUUCCUGCUCCACUUGGUGGCUGGCAAACAGUACAGCUGGUGUGAUCGUGAUCUCUGUGGUCCGGGCAUCAAGCACAUAGCCUGCAACAACAAUGGCCAUUUCCAUAGACGCUGCCAGCCGGACUCCGUCGAAGUGGACAUCUCCCGGCAUAAGCAGCAGUUUGUGCAUGGCCAUAACAAACGUCGCAACUUUGUGGCGCUCGGCAAGCUGCCGGGCUAUUAUCCUGCAGCACGCAUGACCACUAUGGUCUGGGACGAUGAGCUGCAGUAUUUGUCAUCGCUGAAUGUGCGCACUUGCGUGUUGGAUCACGAUGAUUGCCAUAAUACGUAUAACUUUGCCAAUUCGGGUCAGAAUCUGUGCGCCAUCUGGCGGGAUCGCAAUCCCCACACGAACGUGACCAGCCUGAUUGAGGAGUCGUUGGGACUGUGGUUCAACGAGUACGAUCUGAUCGACAGCAGCUACAUUGACAAAUUUCGUGUCACAAAACAUUUCGAGGAAUAUGGCCAUUUUGCGGAAAUGAUGGUGGACCGUAACUCGCGCAUUGGCUGCUCCAUAAUGCGCUUCACGCGACCCGAUUAUCCCUAUGUGUACAUCUAUAAUGUCGUUUGUAAUUAUGCAUCCAUCUACGCUUUGGAUGCGCCCGUCUAUAUUACUGGGCGACCCGCGUCACGGUGUCAAACGGGCAAGAAUCCCUUCUAUCCAGGUCUCUGCUCAAUAAGAGAGCAAUACGAUCCCAACUACUGAAUGAUCGGUUAACAGUAUCGUAAAUAUAUGUAUAAUGCUCAGGUAUAGAACUGCCCAGAUCUUAGUAAACACUGUCUGUAUUGUAUCUUUACAUAAGAUUGUAGUUAAUUAUAGUUGUAGUCUCUGUUUACCAAUAAAUACCACAUACACAAAUAUUAA